AAGUAGCACGGAUUGCUCAUCCGAUCCGUGCAGCCGCAGAGAGUGUGUCAAGUUACAGAGGAGCCGGAAUCUGUCCCAGCGCUCCUCGGCAGCGGCCACGACCCACCUCUGCCCAUGGGGCCCUCCUUGUGCGCCCCUGCACCCGGGGACUGAAACUGGCUCUCCCUGGAGAGGCAAGACAUCCAGAAGGACCGACAGCGCGGCACCAGCUGGAGGACUCUGCAGACUCUUGAAGGGAAAGACAGGCGGGGGGCCGGCCAGAUUGCCCUCACUUUCCUGGACUUGGAGCGUUCUUCCAAAUAACUUUUUUUCCUCACUUUGGUGUACCCCGAUUACCGCUGGUUGUGAUUUUCGGCUUUCCGCCUCCUACUGCUAAUUUUUCCGUCUUCUUUGCCGGAAGCAAAGGAAAGGGACGUUUUCCAGCAACACAAGCCCUUUCCCCCUGCCCCACAGUUUGGAUCGCGCCUUUCGGCAGCGGCUCUUACUUUUAUUUAUUCUAUUUAUUUAUUUAUUGGUUCUCAAGACGCGAAGGGAUGGUAGCGGAGCGAGCCCGCAAAGCGGCCACCGCGGCUGCCCGCGGCCCGGGAGAGCUGGGCGCGCCCGGGACAGUGGUGCUGGCGGCGGCGCGAGCUGAGCGCUGCGCGCGGCUGCCCAGCCCAGGGUCGUGCGGGUUGCUGGCGCUGACCCUCUGCUCGCUGGCCCUCAGCCUGCUCGCCCACUUUCGGACCGCGGAGCUGCAGGCCCGGGUGCUGCGCUUGGAAGCAGAGCGCGGGGAGCAGCAAAUGGAGACGGCUAUUUUGGGACGAGUCAACCAACUGCUGGACGAGAAAUGGAAGCUCCACUCACGGAGGCGCCGGGAGGCCCCGAAGAUGUCCCCAGCAUGUAACUGCCCRCCAGGACCUCCUGGCCCCACCGGAAGACCCGGGCUCCCAGGGGACAAAGGUGCCAUUGGGAUGCCUGGACGUGUGGGUGCCCCUGGAGACUCCGGGAUGUCCAUCAUCGGUCCCCGCGGCCCCCCCGGCCAGCCAGGCACGCGAGGCUUUCCUGGAUUCCCGGGUCCCAUUGGGCUGGACGGCAAGCCGGGCCAUCCCGGACCAAAAGGGGACACGGGCCUGGCGGGUCCCCGAGGACAGCCGGGACCCCCAGGGCAGAAAGGAGAAAAGGGUCAGUGUGGCGAGUACCCACACCGGGAGAACCCGAGCAGCACCCCAGCGGCUCUGCGCUCCAACCAGAUAAUUACCCUGAAGCUGCUGCCUCUCCUCAAUUCCGUGCGCCUGGCUCCACCCCCCGUCAUAAAAAGGCGGACCUUCCAGGGCGAACAGGGCCAGGCUGGCAUCCAAGGCCCACCUGGGCCACCAGGCCCCCCUGGACCAAGUGGACCUCUGGGGCACCCAGGACUGCCAGGRCCCAUGGGGCCACCUGGCUUACCUGGGCCUCCUGGACCGAAGGGAGACCCGGGGAUCCAGGGCUACCACGGCCGGAAGGGAGAACGGGGUAUGCCAGGGAUGCCGGGCAAGCACGGAGCCAAGGGGGCUCCUGGGAUCGCCGUGGCAGGAAUGAAGGGUGAGCCAGGGACCCCAGGAGCCAAGGGCGAGAAGGGGGCAGCCGGCUCCUCUGGGCUCCCCGGUCUUCUGGGACAGAAGGGAGAGAAAGGUGACGCUGGCAACUCCAUUGGAGGAGGCAGGGGCGAGCCCGGCCCCCCAGGGCUCCCUGGGCCCCCAGGGCCAAAGGGAGAAGCGGGUAUGGAUGGCCAGGCCGGCCCCCCCGGACGACAAGGAGACAAGGGGCAGCCCGGAGCCGCUGGAGAACAGGGACCAGCUGGCCCCAAGGGCUCCAAGGGCGAACCAGGGAAGGGAGAGAUGGUGGACUACAACGGAAACCUCAACGAGGCUCUCCAGGAGAUCCGAACACUGGCCUUGAUGGGGCCUCCUGGUCUACCUGGGCAAAUAGGCCCCCCCGGAGCUCCAGGGACCCCAGGCCAGAAGGGGGAGAUUGGACUGCCAGGCCCUCCAGGACACGAUGGAGAAAAGGGACCUCGAGGCAAACCAGGAGACAUGGGCCCCCCUGGCCCCCAAGGACCCCCAGGAAAGGAUGGGUCUCCAGGAAUGAAGGGAGAAACCGGAUCCCCAGGGAGCCCAGGAGAGAAGGGGGAGAAAGGGGAGACGGGCCCGGCAGGCUCUCCGGGAGAGAAAGGAGAAGCUGGAGAGAAGGGUGACCCAGGAGCAGAGGUUCCUGGGCCACCAGGGCCAGAGGGACCUCCUGGACCUCCGGGACUCCAAGGUGUUCCUGGACCAAAGGGAGAGGCAGGACUAGAUGGAGCCAAAGGAGAGAAGGGGGCCCAGGGAGAAAAAGGAGACCGAGGGCCUCUGGGCCUACCCGGAGCUUCAGGUUUGGACGGCAGGCCUGGGCCACCGGGUACCCCAGGACCAAUUGGAGUUCCAGGCCCAGCUGGACCAAAGGGCGAGAGGGGCAGCAAAGGAGACCCAGGGAUGACAGGACCAACGGGAGCAGCUGGGCUUCCUGGUUUACAUGGACCACCCGGGGACAAAGGGAACCGGGGGGAAAGGGGAAAGAAAGGAUCUAGGGGGCCUAAAGGGGAUAAGGGAGACCAAGGAGCACCUGGAUUAGAUGCCCCCUGUCCACUGGGUGAAGAYGGCUUACCAGUCCAGGGCUGCUGGAACAAGUGAUGCCUCUAACCUUGGAUUGGCCUGUGUGUGUUUUGUACAUAGAAUAUUUAUUUUUAUACAGUUUUCACUUUUUGAAAAUGCCAGAAGUAUGAUGCAUCUUACAGAUUAUUAAAAAAAAAAGAAAGAGAGAGCGAGAAACCUGCAUAUUUUGUACAGAAAAUAACCCCUUCCCUUUUGUUUACAAAAUGUUUUGUAUAAGUCUGCGUCUCUAAUACACUUUCUGUUUGUGAGUACGGUCCUAAUGUUUGCAUGAUAUUUGUGCACACUUAUUAAGUUUCGAAGCUUAAUAAAUGAUCGUGUUUCAGUGCCAAAGAGGGACAGCCAGCACUGAGGUGCUGCUAGCUCAUGUGUGAAUUCACAUAUACGUGGAGGUCCGUGAUGUUUGCCAGACUAGGUGUAUCUGAGAAUAUUGUAAACUCUGUGGAUUUUCAUUAUUAAAAAGAAGAAAAAAGGAAACAUGGCAAUUCA